AUGAAAUCGUUUAUUACAUUAGCUUUUGCUUUUUUCCUGGUCACCAUCAACUUGGUCUGUGCUCUGCCUCUCAGCGAAGAUACGACUGUGAUGGUUAUCGAUCCAGCCGAAGGAGUAACCGUUAAUCCAGGGAGUAGCUUAUUUAUCUCAUGGAUUGUUCAAAACCCUCCAACCGAAGGUACUGUUGAUGUUAUAAUUUAUCACAGCGGAACAGAGCACACUAUAGAUGUGGUACGUGAGUUGGACCUUUCUAUUACCUCUUACACUGGCACCAUUCCGGCCAUUGCCGAAGCCGGAACCUAUUAUGUCACCGUUACAGUCACGGGUACACAAAUUGUAGGCACCUCGACAGAUUUCACCAUUACCUAA